GAGUGUCUGAAUCCCUGCUGUAACGCCAGCACAUGCACACUGAAGGAGGAGGCCGUCUGUGCUCAUGGACAGUGUUGUGAAAACUGUCAGUUGAAGCCUGCAGGGACGCCGUGUCGUGAGUCUAGUAACUCAUGUGAUCUGCCGGAGUUCUGCACUGGCGCUGAUCCGCACUGUCCUGCAAACGUUUACCUGCAUGACGGACACUCCUGUCAAGGUGUAGACGGACACUGUUAUAACGGCAUCUGCCAGACACACGAGCAGCAGUGCAUCACUCUAUGGGGACAGGGUGCAACACCCGCUCCAGGAAUCUGUUUUGAAAGGGUGAACUCUGCAGGUGAUCCGUACGGAAACUGCGGAAAAGACACAAAAGGUUCCUUUGCCAAAUGUGAAGCACGAGAUGCCAAAUGUGGGAAGAUCCAGUGUCAGGGCGGAGCCAACCGGCCGGUGAUUGGCACCAAUGCCGUUUCCAUUGAAACCAACAUCCCGCUGCAAGAGGGAGGACGAAUCCUGUGCCGCGGGACUCACGUUUAUCUGGGAGACGACAUGCCGGAUCCGGGACUCGUGCUCACUGGCACCAAGUGUGGACAAAACAUGAUGUGCAUAAACAGGCAGUGUCAGAACAUCAGUGUGCUCGGCGUUCAUGAUUGUUCAGCCAAAUGCAGUGGACACGGGGUUUGUAAUAAUAAUAAGAACUGUCACUGUGAGGCUCAGUGGGCUCCUCCGUUCUGUGAUAAAACCGGGUUUGGAGGCAGUCUGGACAGCGGCCCGAUGAGACCAACAGACAGCAGCAGCGUGACGGUGGGGAUCCUGGUGGCGUUUCUGUGUCUGGUGUGUGUUGGAAUAAUCGCGUGUAUUAAGAGAAAAACUCUGCUCAGUCUGUUCUUCAGCAAUAAGAAGAACACCAUCGAGAAACUGAGAUCAGUGGGACCAAACAGACUCAACAGUCCAGCUCACACACUUUCCUCCAAUCAAACACACUCCACAUACAGAACGUCUCCUCAACGCCACACUGCAGCUUUACCACAGACUGCCAGCAUUUACCAGCCUCGGUCUCCUCUGCAACCGGUGGACUCUGUCCUGCCGUCCCACACUCUGCGGCGUCUGCCUCAGUGCCCUGCGCUCCACCUCUCCCACCCGCUGCCACUGACGCCAGCACACACACACCCGUCUCCAGCCAGAGCCGCUCCACACACAUACACAAAGACUCCCUCUCCAGCAGCUCCAUCCAUCCACGGCCCGGCCUGCCACAACGUCUGCAGGAUCGCCAUGGCGUUUGAGAAGCCCAGUCCUCCUCAGAAACCUCUUCCUGCGGAUCCUCUGGGUCGAGUGAUGAGAAACCCAUCCAACAUCAGACUCCCUGCACCAGUCCCCAAAUCAGCCGUCCCACGACCUGCUCCACCACAGCCCUGCAGACCUCCACCUAGACAUCCAGUGACGCUCCCGAAGCCUCAUCUCUCUGGCGGACUGAAGUUCAGCAGCUGAGAGUCAAAGCGUUUUAGUCCUGGAGAAACUGGCUUUUUGCACUAUAAAGAAGCUGUUGAUCCUGCGGAGGGCGACGUCUGACCCACGCUGCUCUCCUCCAAACGGUGCUACGAGUCCAGCUCAGGUACAGGUCACGCGUUAUUUAUGUCGCUUUCAGGCGUAUUUAUUUGAGCACAGUGCACUGUGGCCGACACGUUCUCAAUCGGUGCUUCGCCACGAUUAUCUGACUGUCCUUCUGUUGUUGUUUUGAGGAAAAAAACCUGUUUAUCUGUGAACGUCAAACAGUUUGUUUGGACGCUAAACUGGACUGGAAAGCAGAUUUGGGAGUGCUUUACUUAGAGGUUUUGUCUUGUUUCUAGUCCAAAUAUCUAAAAACGCUUAAAUCAAGAAGCAUUUUCUAGACAACUAAAAACUAUAGUCUUGUUUUCUGAAAUAAUGUCAAAAUUAAGUGAGUUUUCCUUUAAAACAAGCAAAAUAAUCUGCCAAUGGGGUAAGCAGAAUAAUCUUGUUUUUCAUUUUGACAUUUUGCUUACUCUAUUUGCAGAUUACACUCACCGGCCACUUUAUUAGGUACACCUGUCCAACUGCUCAUUAACGCAAAUUUGUAAUCAGCCAAUCACAUGGCAGCAACUCAAAUGAUCUGCUGCAGUUCAAAUCGAGCAUCAGAAUGGGGACGAAAGGUGAUUUAAGUCACUUUGAAUGUGGCAUGGUUGUUGGUGCCAGAUGGGCUGGUCUGAGUAUUUCAGAAACUACUGGGAUUUUCACGCACAACCAUCUCUAGGGUUUACAGAGAAAGGUCCAGAAAAGAGAAAAUAUCCAGUGAGCGGCAGUUCUGUGAGCGCAAAUGCCUUGUUGAUACCAGAGGUCAGAGGAGAAUGGCCAGACUGGUUCCAGCUUAUAGAAAGGCAACAGUAA